CUUCUUCCUGUAGAAAAUUUCGCAAAUAGUGGAAAACCUUUAGCGAAUCCUCCUGCAAUAGAAGGUCGCAAAUUGGACCUUAAGAGUCUUUUUGAGGUAAGGUAUUCUAUAUACUUCAGAUAUCUCUGAAGUCUUUUGUACCAUGUUGUUUUCCUGGCGAGGAGGACCAGGAGUCAAGCGCCUUCUGCUUUCGCUUCUACUCUUCACAGCCUGGGAGGCGGGCAGCAGCCAGGUCCACUACUCGGUCCCCGAGGAGGCCAAACACGGCACCUUCGUGGGCCGCAUCGCCCAGGACCUGGGGCUGGAGCUGGCGGAGCUGGUGCCGCGCCUGUUCCGGGUGGCGUCCAAAGGCCGCGGGGACCUUCUGGAGGUAAAUCUGCAGAAUGGCAUUUUGUUUGUGAAUUCUCGGAUCGACCGCGAGGAGCUGUGCGGGCGGCGCCUGGAGUGCAGCAUCCACCUGGAGGUGGUCGUGGACAGGCCGCUGCAGGUAUUCCAUGUGGAGGUGGAGGUGAAGGACAUUAACGACAACCCGCCAGUGUUCCCUGAAAGUAAGAAGACAAUAAUCAUUGCAGAAUCUAGACCUCCGGAAACUCGGUUUCCACUAGAUGGCGCAUCCGAUGCAGAUAUUGGAGUAAACUCGGCUUUGACCUACCAAAUAGAUCCCAACGAUUAUUUCGCUUUGGACACAAAACACAAUCAUGAACAAACGUCUUCGUUGUCACUUGUGUUGAGGAAAUCAUUGGACAGAGAGGAAAUUCAGGAACAUUGUUUACUAUUGACAGCCAAUGACGGGGGUAAACCCGAGCUAACCGGCACAGUUCAACUGGUGAUCACAAUUCUGGAUGUGAAUGACAACGCCCCAGAAUUCGACCAAUUCAUUUAUAAGGUGAGUGUGUUAGAGAGUGCAUUUAAUGGAACAUUAGUGAUCAAGUUAAAUGCCACAGAUUCCGAUGAUGGUGCAAAUGGAGAUAUAAUCUACUCAUUUAGAAGGCCUGUAUCUCCAGCAGUGUUAGAUGCAUUUAUCAUAAAUCCCAACAGUGGAGAAAUUAGGACAAAAGGUAAACUGGACUUCGAAGAAAAGAACUUGUAUGAAAUACCUGUGGAGGCAAUUGACAAGGGGAAUAUUCCAAUGGCGGGUCAUUGUACCAUUUUGGUUGAAAUACUAGAUAUAAAUGAUAAUGCCCCAGAAAUUACGAUCACUUCUCUGUCACUACCUGUGCGGGAAGAUGCUCAGGUGGGCACCGCCAUCGCCUUAAUCAGCGUGUCCGACCAUGACUCCGGUGCCAACGGGCUGGUGACCUGCACCCUGUCGCCCCACGUCCCCUUCAAGCUGGUGUCCACCUUCAAGAAUUACUACUCGCUGGUGCUGGACAGCGCCCUGGACCGCGAGAGCGUGGCGACCUACGAGCUGCUGGUGACAGCGCGGGACGGGGGCUCGCCUCCGCUGUCGGCCACCGCCAGCGUGUCCGUGCAGGUGGCCGACGUGAACGACAACGCGCCGGCGUUCGCGCAGCCCGAGUACACGGUGUUCGUGAGGGAGAACAACCCGCCGGGCCGCCACAUCUUCACGGUGUCGGCGCGCGACGCGGACGCGCAGGAGAACGCGCGGGUGUCCUACUCGCUGGUGGAGCGGCGCGUGGGCGAGCGCGCGCUGUCGAGCUACGUGUCGGUGCACGCGGAGAGCGGCAAGGUGUACGCGCUGCAGCCGCUGGACCACGAGGAGCUGGAGCUGCUGCAGGUCCAGGUGAGCGCGCGCGACGCGGGCGUGCCGCCCCUGGGCAGCAACGUGACGCUGCAGGUGUUCGUGCUGGACGAGAACGACAACGCGCCCGCGCUGCUGCCGCCUGGGGCGGGCGGCGGCGGCGGCGCGACGAGCCAGCUGGUGUCGCGGUCGGUGGGCGCGGGCCACGUGGUGGCCAAGGUGCGCGCGGUGGACGCGGACUCGGGCUACAACGCGUGGCUGUCGUUCGAGCUGCAGGCGGCGGCGGGGGGCGCGCGCAGCCCGUUCCGCGUGGGGCUGUACACGGGCGAGGUGAGCACGACGCGCGCGCUGGACGAGGCGGACGCGCCGCGCCAGCGCCUGCUGGUGCUGGUGAAGGACCACGGCGAGCCGGCGCUGACGGCCACGGCCACCGUGCUGCUGUCGCUGGUGGAGAGCGGCCAGGCGCCCAGGGCGUCGUCGCGGGCGUCGUCGGGCGCCCGGAGCACGGAGGCGGCGCUGGUGGACGUCAACGUGUACCUGGUCGUCGGCAUCUGCGCGGUGUCCAGCCUGCUGGUGCUCACGCUGCUGCUGUACACGGCGCUGCGGUGCUCGGCGCCGCGCAGCGAGGGCGCGUGCGGGCCGGGGCGGCCCCCGCUGGUGUGCUCCAGCGCGGUGGGGAGCUGGUCGUGCUCGCAGCCCAGGCGGCAGCGCUGUGCUCUGGGGAGGGGCCGCCCAAGGCCGACCUCAUGGCCUUCAGCCCCAGCCUACCUCCUUGUCUGAGUUCAUCAGAACAAACAAGUGAAAAAGAAGCAGAUUCUAAACAUUUGAAAGAGCCACGACAGCCCAACCCUGACUGGCGUU